UCUCAAGGGCUUUCAGAGCCGCUCUGAAUCACACACACACACACACACUCUCAAACAGCAGACGCUCUCAGGAAUCACAGCAUCAGUUCAGUGGUUUGGUGAUCAUGUCUUACGGUGGAUCAGGUUCAGUGUCUCGAGGAGAAUUCAGUGUUCAUUUCUCCAGCAGAAGAGGAGCAGGAUUCAUCAGAGCUGAAGAGGCUGCAGGAAUCGCAUUACUGGCAGUGAUCCUCACAGCGCUGCUCAUUAUGGGAUGCUGGUUCUACCGGCGACGGGGCGGGUACAAGAUGAUCCGGAAUGUCAGUGGUCAGUCGUGGAGAGAGAUGAUGAGGACGGGUCAACACAGCGAGUCUGGAUCCGGAGAGGAGAAUAAAGUGGCCCUGAACGAACUCAGCAACCUGCGACCAGCGAUUCCCAACGCUCCUCCAGCGUACGAGAAGUUAGCCUCAGGGCCGUCUCCUCCUCCUUACUCCCCAUGAAGAGCUCGAACGCUGGAGAGGAAUCCUGGAGAUCCUGAAACGUGUGUUUAAGAGCAGGAUGAACAGAAGUAAAGCUCAACCCCUGAUCCUGAGGAUUCACAGCAGAGCUCGAGGACUGAAGAAUCUCUCACACCAAAGCGCCUUUUAACAGAAUAUCAAUGGUCAGACUUAAAGCUAAUGAGUUUAA